AUGGGUGUGUACGGAGGCUUAGGGCCCAUGACCAAUGCAGUUCACUGGGUGGAGGUUGUUGUAUUCGCCGUCUUUGUAGGGCUGAGGCUUUACACCCGAAAAUACAUCCUGAACUCCGUUGGUCUUGAUGAUUAUCUCGUUUUGAUUGCGCUGGCUCUGCAAAUUAUUUACACUGCCUUUGUCACAGCGGCAAGCGUUUAUGGUCUUGGGCGAUUAUACGCUGAUGUCGGCGACCCGGUUAUCUAUUCUACGGCUAUCAUGUAUGAGCUAUUCAGCCAGGUAGCUGGAAUCAUGGUCAUUGGUGUGGGUAAAGCAGCUGUUGGGGUAUUCCUUCUUCGAAUUGUGAGGAAUAAAAUUCAGAUCUGGUUUAUCUGGGCUUGUCUUGGAAUCACUGCCUUUAUCACGCUUUUCGCCAGCAUUACUGUUAUAGUGCAGUGCAUUCCCGUGGAAAAAUCUUGGAAUCGAACCGCCCCAGGUCAUUGUUGGCUCGAUUUUUCCAAAGUUGGUUAUACUGUUGGAUAUGAUACGGUACCAAUGCUCAUCUGGUCUGCCACCGAAAGCUGCGUCACGAUCAUGUGUUCAUCAAUCCCCGUCCUUCGUCCCCUCUACAUCCGCAUCAAAUACGGGAAGGACACGAGCAGCUCUUCGGGAAACACUUCCUACAAACUGCCAAUGUAUGGAAGCGGUCGAAAAUGGGGCAAGUUUUCGAAAUCCGACCUUGAAUCAGCCGACGAGCGGAAUACUACUUACCACACAACUACCAUGAAGAAUAGCGCGCAAAACGCUAGCAAUGAGAAUAUUCUUCAAGGUGCCGCGGGAAUUGAAAGGACGGAUGAGAUCUCAGUUAGUUAUGAGCAAUUUGGCAAGAAAGCCUAG